GCUGAGCUACCGCGUGAACGUAAACCAUGGAUGUAAACUUCCGGUGUAAUAUUUCCCGUCAUGCAUCACGUGACCUCCACACACCACGUGACCACCGAUAAAGCUCCAUGGCGGCGCCCUGUUCUACAAGACUAGCAACAAGAUCAGCAGGACUAGGUGGUUUCCUGCGGAGACUUUGUUGUUUAAGAAGCUGUGGUCCCCCCACAGCCCUACUGUGUCAGCAACAUCGGCACUUCUUCUGGAGGAAGUGGAAAAGUUCUCACAGUGUAGUUCGCCCAGCUACUGUUAGGCCGGCCUGUGCAGUACCCAAGCACAUUGUGCGGCCUGACUAUGUAGGCACUGGACUGCUCCCAGAAUGGCCCGACUACAUAGAGAUCAAAUACCAAGAGCAGAUCGAAGGCCUUUCCAGAGCAUGUCAGCUAGCCAGACAUGUACUGCUUCUAGCUGGACGCAGUCUGAGGGUUGGUAUGACCACAGAUGAAAUAGACUUCAUCGUGCACCAGGAGACAAUCAAGCACAACGCCUACCCAUCCCCUCUCAGAUACGGGGGUUUCCCCAAGUCAGUCUGUACAUCUGUGAACAACGUGGUCUGCCAUGGCAUACCUGACAGUCGUCAACUUCAAGACGGCGAUAUCAUCAACGUUGAUGUCACUGUGUAUUUGGAUGGUUACCAUGGUGACACCUCAGAAACCUUCUUGAUUGGCCAGGUGGAUGAGGAUGGGCAGCGAUUGGUGGAAACUGCCAGGCGCUGCCGAGAUGAGGCCAUCGCUGCCUGCAAGCCGGGCGCACAGCUCUGUGUUAUAGGAAACACUAUCAGUGAAAUCGCCCAUGCCGGUGGCUUCCAAGUGUGUCCUUAUUUCAUUGGACAUGGAAUAGGUUCCUACUUUCAUUGCCAUCCUGAGAUCUGGCACCAUGCUAAUGAUAAUGACAUGACCAUGGAUGAAGGGAUGUCUUUCACAAUAGAGCCCAUACUGAUGGAGGGUUCUGCAGAGUUUAGAAUCCUGAGGGACAAGUGGACCGCGGUGUCUGCAGACGAUAAAAGGUCGGCUCAGUUUGAACACACGGUGGCCAUCACAUCUGACGGAGUGGAUAUUCUCACCAAACUGCCAGAAGAGAGCAAUCUGUAACCUGAAGGAAUCAGAGGCCCUGUUCAGACCUGGCAUUAACAUGCGUCCUGGGUGAUCCAAUCACAAGUGGACAGCUCUAAGUACAGAUGUGAAUGCACACAAGACGCACUGAGGACGCAUAGUGAGCCGAUCGCUCAGACCACAUUCAGAGGUGGUCUGGGUCGCAUAUGGCCACAUUCUUUUAACAGUGUGUACGCAAAUGUGUCCUGGGCCACACUGAAGGCCCACCUACUCAACCGACAUCCCGCUUGGAUCCGCAAGGUUUCUGCGUCCUCAGGUGAAUAGACAGGCAGACGUGAGCCUCGCGGCAUGGAAAUGGCUUCUGUAUCCUGUCCGUACAAUAUCAAUUGACUACAUAUCUACAGACUAGGCACGGGAAUUGCAUUGUUUCAUACUGUUUGUGAUGUGUGGGUGUAUAUGUUCUAGUGCUUUGCACAGACCUGACACCCACCAGCCUUUCCGCUCGCUCGCUCCCAUCCCUCUCUGUACCCCACUGUUGCGUCGGCACGGAGGUUAAUAAAAUGUAUCAAAAUUUACGAAUAUGUAGGAUAUUACUACUGACAUUCAUGUAAUAUUAGGUCACAACAUCCGCUGUAUUAGCCGU